AUUUUUUUUAUAUACAAACGCGAAUGUAUUUUAACAACAUUAGCCGAGUUAGCUGGCUGUCCGUGCUGAUUCUAACUAGCUUGCGAAAGCUAAACAGUAAAUAUAGAUUUUUUAAACACAAUUUGACCAGUAACACGGUGGAAAUUUAACGCGUUUAGAAGUAGCUAACUGCUAGCUAGCUGCUAACGGUAACGGCUAGUUAACGGUAACGGCUAGCUAACGGUUCUUUGACUGUCAAAUGUUACUAUAAACAGCUAAUUAGUAUAAAACACGCUUGUUUUCAUGACUGAUGUUUAUUUAUAUCUCGAAUUUGACCUAACCGGAUAUCUAGCUAAGUUGUAAGUUCUAAAUAUCCCUGAUAAACCUAAAUAUAACACUGAAUAUAUGUAUUAUUUAGUAUUCAUGGAGGACAGGAAGCAGUAUCGACUGGAUUUCCAGUAGAAUGAAUGGUACUGAUGGAGUUUGGCGUUUCAAUCAGAUCCUGAGGAAGGAAGAGGGAUUUAUUUGUAAGGUUGCCAACAGCUUUUAAUGCUGCAAACCAUUUUUCAGACACAUUCCACUGCACAGGCGAAUAGGAGGAAAAAAUUGGACUUGAUACCGGUUUCAUUGGAUUGAACUAAAAAUGGCUCAGGAGGUGUUUCCUUUGCAUUAUCUGGUCUGGAACAAUCGGUACUUGGAACUCGACAAAGAGCUGAAGAAAAAACAGGUAAAUCAAUGCAGAGCAGGACAUGGAGUGUGUAGAUCCACGUGGACGUACACCGCUUGAAUUGGCAGUGUGCCUCGGCCAUGUGGAGUCCAUGCGUGUACUGCUGAGGCACAAUGCAGAUCCUACACACUGCAGUGCACGAGGAUGGACAGUGUUACAGGAAGCAGUAAGUACAGGAGACCCGGAGCUGGUGCAGUUGGUCCUCCAGUACAGGGAUUUCAGACGAGCUACAGAGAGACUAGCUGGUAUUCCUGAGCUUCUCAGCAAACUGAGACAGGCUCGGGAUUUCUACGUGGAGAUGAAGUGGGAGUUUACGAGCUGGGUGCCUUUGGUUUCGAAAGUGUGUCCGAGCGACGUGUACCGUGUGUGGAAGAGUGGCUCAUGUUUGCGAGUGGACACCACAUUACUGGGUUUUGAGCACAUGACGUGGCUUAAGGGCCGCCGCAGCUACAUCUUUAAGGGUGGAGAUCUAGACGGUGGGGCUAUGGUGAUGGAGGUGGACCAUGAGAAGCAGGUUGUGUAUACAGAACCGCUGUCUCUGUCUCCACGUGAUGCCCCGUCCCUCCUUGCUGCCAUGCUGCCAUCACAAGAGAACACAGCCCAGAGGCUCACCUCCCCGAUCGUCUCCACACACCUUAACACACGCAACAUCGCUUUUGAGAGGAACAAGUCUGGAAUUUGGGGCUGGCGCUCAGAAAAAACCGAGGUGGUCAGCGGAUAUGAGGCAAAGGUGUAUAGUGCCAGUAACGUGGAGCUGGUGACACGCUCUCGAACAGAACACCUCUCUGAUCAGGACAAGUCCAGAUGCAAAGGAUCCCGAACUCCUCUUCAGUCUUUCCUUGGAAUUGCAGAGCAGCAUGUGUCGAACAACGGGAGCCAGGUAUCUCAGUGUGCCAGUCCUCAUAACCCGACAGACAUCACAGCCGAGGAAUACUUCGACCCCGAGUUUAAUCUGAACGGCAGGGACAUCGGCAGACCCAUCGAGCUCACCAGCAAGGUUCAGAGGUUUAAGGCCACGUUGUGGUUAAGUGAAGCCCACCCUCUUUCUCUGGCAGAGCAGGUGACACCAAUUAUUGAUCUCAUGGCUAUUUCUAAUGCUCACUUUGCUAAACUGCGAGACUUUAUCGCCCUGCGUCUGCCCCCUGGCUUCCCUGUGAAGAUAGAGAUCCCUCUCUUCCAUGUACUGAAUGCACGGGUGACCUUCAGUAACCUGUGUGGCUGCGAUGAGCCAGUCAGCUCCGUUACUGUGCACUCGCCACAAGGAGCCACUGAUGCAGGUCAGAGCCCUCACCCAUUGCACUGUGAGGUGGAUCCAUCUGUGUUCGAGCCUCCGGCAGAUUACACAAUGCUCGGCCCGGGACGCAACGAGCCGCUGAGAGAUGAGGAUGAUAACCUGCUGCAGUUUGCUAUUCAGCAGAGUUUGCUGGAUGCAGGGACAGAAAGUGAUCAGGUAACAAUAUGGGAGGCUUUGACUAACACUCGUCCAAUGUCUUCUCAGCCUCCGCUUUAUGAGGAGGACUCCCAGCUCGAGCGGUGUGUUGCAAUCCAGGAGUCCCUGUCUCUUUCAUUGGCUGGAGGAGAAAGUGGGGAAGCUCCUGCUCAGUCUCCACCAGGUUCCUCACCUGAGACUGCCCUCAACUCCCCACCUUCCUACAACUCAUUGGCUGAUCCACGGGUAACCGGGGCAUUUGCAGUGGCAACAAGCUUUGAUGAGCAGCUGCGUCUGGCAAUGGAGCUUUCAUGCAGAGAGCAGGAGGAGCUGGACAGGAAAAGAAGAGAAGAAGAGGAGGAGCUGGAAAGGAUAAUACAGCUGUCACUCACAGAAAAGUGACCACACUAUCAGCUUCAAAAAAAGCUUUAUUUAUUAUUUGUGCUUUUUUCUGCAGUGUUAAAUUAUUAUUAAAGAUUCAUGCUUUUUUUUUUUUGUUUGUUUUGUUUGUUUUUUUUGAAAUGGGACAGAGGGCUUAAUCAAGAGAUCAGAGAGUGAGAGAGAGGGAGGAGUACCAGGUUAUGAAAAAAAGCAGUCAAAUGAUUUACAUCAAUCCACAUGGCAUGGCAAGACAUUGUUAAUGAUAUCCUCUCAAUCUCUGUCAUCAUUCUGAGUGAAAAUGUUCAAACUUUGUUUAUUAUUAUGUGAAUAUGAAAUGUUGAUAACUAUAGCGAUACAUAAAGUGCAAAAAAAAUUGCAUAAAAUUAGUUAAAUAUGUUGGCUAAAAACAUGGAAGAAUAAUUAUUAAAUGUAUCUUAAACACUUUAA